UAAUUUUUUUUUUAAUUUUUUUAGUUAAUGGUAAAUAAUAAAAAAUUGAAAUAGUAAUUUGUUCCCUCCAAAUUGAUAAAGAGAUUUCUUCUUUUGGCAAGCUCAUUGCCCUGUGUUCAUUCUGAGUGCGGGACAUUUCCGUAAUUUCGAAGAAAACAGGGUAGAUGUGAACUUCGUCAUUCUCCGGUGACUUAUUCCACGGUCGGGGAGAACAGAACACGACGCCUUUUCAUUCUUUUACUUCCCUAGCUCUCGGCGGUACCUGCAAGGGUUUAGGGUUGAGUCGAAACUCUGGAAUUUUGUGGUGAAAACUUCCUUUCACCUCCACUUACACCGCGUGAGAUCUCUUUCUAAUUCUCUCACUUUUUGUUCACAGUUCUGGGCCAGUGUUUUCAUUCUUCCAAAUCCAAUUGUAUUACGGAAAACUUCAGAUUUAAUUUGUUUUCGGAUUAGAUGAAUGGAAAUAGUCGAGAAAAGAAAUAAAGCGUGUGAAUUACCUAAGUAAAAGCUAGGAAUGUUGAGGAAUGAAAAUUCCCAGAAGUUCAUUCGUUGAGCGUUUUUCCACGGCAAGUAAAGGGUAUUACUUGCUACUUUCCUCAAAUAACUCUGUAAAGGGCACUCUUAGCAAAAUAAAUAAUAAAACUCAUCUGUAAAGGCCAGGGUACUUCUUAUGAAGAAACAAAAGUAAAACAUUCUCUGCUAGGAAAUUUUUCGGAACAUGAUGACAGUAAUUUUGGAAAAGUGUUUAGAAAAAUAGAAUAAGAAGAAAGUGACUCAAGCACAUCCAUGUGGUAUCUUGUACACUUACCUUGUAUCAGUGUUUGUCUUUUUCUACUGAGACAACAUACUUGGAAUUAUGUAAGAGAGUACAUAGUUUACAAGAUUCUUGUUUGUGAAAUUGUUGCCUCAUUUCCUAGAAGUAAGAGAUACAGAUUGAAAGAGAUACUGUGUGGCCUGUAGAGUGAAAAUGGUCCAAUAGAAUGACAGAUGUACAAGGCAUUGACAACAAAUUAAACUUAGUCGUUGAGGCAAUAAUCACAUCUUUUACAUAGAAAAUGAUUCUACCAAUAUAAAGCCAAGCAACCAUAAAUUUCUACAUUGCACAUUUUCUUUUCUUUCUCCUUAAUACAAAAAUCGUUCUUGGUAUAUUGUCUCAUACUAACAUCGCAACAAUCUUUAAUUUUGUAAACAUGAAGAAGCUCAUUUACCGCAAUCCAUACCUCAUAUUUUACUUCAUUUCUUGCUGCUUUGAUGUUUCACAUUCUUUGGUCAGCUUUAAAUGUCUUUCUGAUCAAAGCUCUGCUUUGCUGCAGCUGAAACAAGAGUUUGAACUUAUUAAGUCUUACAAUAGUGUUGAUUCCCAGCAAAAGAGGGAUGUUAUGGCUACUUGGAAUGAUAGGACAGACUGCUGCCUGUGGAGUGGAGUCAGCUGCAAUAUGUCAACUGGUCAUGUACUAAGCCUUGAUCUAAGCAACAAUGGGCUCCAAGGGCCUUUAAGGGCUAAUAGUAGCCUCUUCAGCUUGGAUCAAGUUCAACAACUCAACAUGGCUUUCAACAACUUCUCUUCCUCCCAAAUUCCAUCAAGCUUUCGCCAACUUUCAAGGUUAACUCAUCUCAAUCUCUCAAACUCCGUGUUUUCCGGGAACAUUCCCUCAGAAUUCUCUUUUUUGAUCAAUUUGGUUUCACUUGAUCUUUCUGAAAACUAUUUAUAUUUGAAAAAGCAAUUAGACAUGGAGAACCUUAUUCAAAAUAUGAAAAGUUUAAAAGACCUUAACUUAAAUGGGGUCAACUUUUAUUCACCAGUACCUGAAUCCCUAAUAAAUCUAUCUUCAUUGGUGUCUCUAUCUCUUCGUGGAUGUAGUCUAGUUGGUGAAUUUCCAAAUGAUAUAUUUCUAUUUCCAAACAUACAAGUCAUUGAUGUGUCAAACAACGAUGAUCUUAUUGUUGUUCUACCUCAAUUUCAGUCUGGCAGUUCUCUGAGGCUACUGGAUUCUUCCUUCACAAAACUUUCAAGAGAAGUACCUGAGUCCAUUGGCUACCUCAAGUCCUUAAAUAUUUUGAAUCUUAGGCAAUGUGGUUUUACAGGGAAAUUACCUGACACAAUGGGACAACUCAAAUCCUUGAAUGUUUUAGAUCUCAAUUCUUGUUCCCUAUCGGGAACUGUUCCUUCAUGGGUAGGGAACCUUUCCCAGCUCACAUAUCUUGACAUAGCAAACAACAACUUUAAGGGUCAUCUUCCAGUUGUAUUGAGGAACCUUUCUAAACUCACAUAUCUUGAUCUCUCACAUAACAAAUUCAUUGGUCAGCUUCCAUUAUCAUUUGGCAAAGAUCUUGCCGAGCUCACUUUCCUUGACCUUGGUUUUAAUCUUUUUCGUGGUCCCAUUCCAUCUUCAUUUGGGAGCAUGAGUCAACUGCUUCAUUUGCACCUUUCUGAUAACCGAUUCGAUGGCAUGUUUCCAAUAUUACUUGCAAACCUAACCCAACUUCUUUCGUUGGAUCUCUCAGGAAACCAGUUCUCUGAUUCCAUUCCACCUCAUAUUUUUGAAAAUUUCAAUUCCAUUAAUAAACUAGACCUGUCUAACAAUAUGUUUGGUGGAGCCAUUCCUUUGUCCAUGUUCACAAUGCCUUCUCUAGUUUACCUGAAUCUAAACGACAACCAGUUUACAGGUCCUCUCAAAAUAGAAAAUGUUUCUUCUUCUCGACUGGAAUAUUUUUCCUUAAAUAGGAACAAAUUAAAUGGAAAAAUUCCAAGCUCCAUAUCCAAAUUGACGAACCUGAGAACUCUUUUUCUAGGGUCGAAUAAUUUAACUGGAAACUGUGAGUUCGACAUGUUUUCCAAGCUAAGUGUUCUCGACCUGUCGAAUAACAACUUGAAUGGUACACUUCCUCAAUGUUUUGGCAAUCUGCUCUCACAAUUAGACAUACGUCAUAACAAUUUCCAUGGAAGCAUAUCUGAAAUUUGUACUGAUAUAUGCAACUUGAAGGUGCUGAACAUUGGUUCAAAUCAGUUGGAAGGGAAAUUUCCGCAAUCAUUGACCAAAUGUAGAGAUUUAAGAAUUCUAGAUCUGGGGCAUAAUCAAAUAGUUGACACAUUUCCUUUUUCAUUACAAGCUUUGCCAAGGCUGGCUGUUCUUAUCUUGAGAUCAAACAAAUUCUAUGGAUCAAUAUGGAAUCCUUGUACAUAUUGGGAUUUUGGAGACUUGCGUGUUUUUGACAUCUCCUUAAAUAAUUUCAGUGGAAAGAUACCAUCAGAAUAUUUCAGGAAUUGGAGUACUGUGAACGAGGAACCUGUUCGAAACUUCCAUUAUCAGAGCGCAAAUGAUGGUUAUUAUCAAUACUCAUUAAGUGACUACAAUGAUAUGAAUAAAUUGAAAAUCCUAUCCAUCAUGAAGACCAUUGAUCUCUCAAACAACCAUUUUCAGGGAGAAAUUCCAGAUAGUAUAGGCGAAAUUACAUCUCUAGUUGUCCUCAACUUGUCAACCAACGGUUUCACCAAACGCAUCCCAGUAUCUCUUGGACGUUUGGAGGAGCUUGAAGCAAUAGAUUUAUCUCGAAACAUGCUCUCUGGUGAAAUCCCAGAGCAAUUGGCAAAUCUCAAAUCUCUUUCAUUGCUAAACCUCUCUCAUAACCAACUUACAGGUCGUAUACCCCAAGGUAAAAUGUUCAAUACAGGUUUAAGUUCCUCAUAUGAGGGGAACAUAGGAUUAUGUGGCUUUCCAGUGUCAGAAAAAUGCAAAGAGGUGAAGACACCACCUUUUGAGGAAAGGGACGAAUCAGAAUUCGGAGAUGGUUUUGAGUGGAGGUCAAUAUUGACAGGAUAUGGAUUUGGAUUUAUGGUGGGAGUCAUCACUGGACACAUCAUUUUAUCGAUAAGGCUCCACGGAUUAGUACAAACUUUGGCUAUUCACAUCCUGGGCAGCUUAUUUAUGAGGAAUGAAUAUGCUCAAACUACUUGUAUAGCAGACUCGUGUUCAAGCGAUGGCGAGCAAACCAGGGAAGUUAUUUUCAUCCGUCCACCAACAUAAAGCUUUCGAACACCGUGCUUACCAAAAACAUCAAUUUUUUUUUUAUUUAGUGAAUUCUAGAUUCAAUAAAUUUCUCUUUUUGUAUAUGAAGUUUGACUAGCAAGAUUAAUGAGAAA